AUGCGCCAGAACACAGCCAAGUAUUAUGAGUUAUAUCGCCGUAGCAGCAUUGGCAUGGCGCUGACUGAUUCACUUGAUGAGUUGAUUCAGAGUGGUCACAUCAACCCUCAGCUUGCCAUGCGCGUUCUUACGACGUUUGACAAGAGUAUUUCUGAUUCUCUUUCUCAGCUUGUGAGAAACAAGGCCAACGUCAAGGGUCAUCUGCAUACCUAUCGCUUCUGCGAUGAGGUCUGGACAUUUAUCAUCGAGAACCCAAACUUCAAGUUUGACCAAGAGUCCGUAUCUGCAGACAAGGUCAAAAUAGUUGCCUGUAAUGCCAAGCGCCCCGGCGAGCAAUAA